AUGCUGCAGCUGGGGGAUGAAGUCACUCUGUACUCGGUGGUCUUCGCGCUGGUCCUGCUGGGGACCCGGAGCCCGCUGAGGACCACCGUCCUCACCGUGUCCCUCUACCUGUUUCUGGUCAUGUUCAGGUUCCCUCAGGUACCAGCCAGCCGAGUCCAGCAGGUCCUGCACCCCGGCUCCGUCAAGAUGUCACCAGUGGCCCACCGGGGCGGGGGGCACGACGCACCGGAGAACACGAUAGCAGCCAUCCGGGAGGCCUGGAAAAAUGGGGCCGGAGGUGUGGAGCUGGAUCUGCAGUUCUCUGCAGACGGCGUUGCAAUACUCAUGCAUGAUGAGACUGUGGACCGGACCACUAACGGGUCAGGACCACUCAGCCAGAUGAGACUUUCUGACUUGCGUAAACUGGAUGCAGCUGCUAAACAUCGACUUAGCGAGAAGUUUGCAGGAGAGAUGAUCCCAACCCUGGAAGAGGCCGUGGAGGAAUGCAUCAAACUGCACCUUGUCAUCUACUUUGAUGUCAAAGGUCAUCCAGAUGAGGCAGCCGCAGCCCUUAAAGAGUUGUAUAAGAAACAUCCAGUCCUCUACAACAGCAGCAUCGUCUGCUCCUUUGAGCCUAAAGUCAUCUACAGGAUGAGACAGAGUGACCCAGAGGUGGUCACAGCGUUGACACAUCGACCGAGUCUGAGUCGGUUAGGAGACGGUGUCCCGCGGUUCUCCUCUCUUUGGAAACACUACUGGAUGACAAUGUUGGACGUAGUUCUGGACUGGGCUCAUAAUCAUGUGCUGUGGAAGCUCUGUGGCGUCUCAGCCGUCCUAAUACAAAAUAACUUUGUCUCACGGGACUACGUGCAGUACUGGGCCCAGAGAGGGGUGGAGGUCGUCGCCUGGACAGUCAACACAAAAGUGGAGAAGGAGUAUUACCACACGCUGCUCCAAGUCAACUACAUCACAGACAGCCUGGUGGAAGACUGUGAACCUCAUUAAGGCUCAAACACACACUUGAGACCACACCCCUCAUGGACCAGAUGUUUCUCUUCUCCUCACCCGCAUGUGUCGUGGUGGAGGAGAACACACAGGAGCCACUGUGUUGAUUUAAUCUGAACAGACUGGGCGCCAUUCUUACUAACAUGA